ACGGUCCCUGAACGCCGUCCUGUUCUUCCUGUGUCGUCAUCACCCGGAAUCCGGAAGUGUCCCGCUUAUUGUGAACUGUCUCUCCGUUGGUUCCUUCUUCUUCCUGCUGGUUCGAAUGGCAGGUUCUGUGGGUUCGGGUCGGACCGGCUCUGGGUUCUGCUGCUCUGCGGUGCUGCUGCUGCUGCUGGCGGCCGGACCUGGACUCGUCCGGGCCGUGUCGGAACCGGGGAAGUGGACGGUGCACGUCGGUGAGAACCAGGAGCCUCAGUUCUUCCUCUUCAGGAAGACGCUGUUCAAAGGCAGCACCAUCCACCUGCGAGCUGUUCCUCAGGACUGCGACCUGUCCUCGAUGAUGGAAGUUUCCUGGUACCUGAGGAACUCCCACUGCUACAACGAGGUCUACAGCAAGAACCUGAUACCAGAGGAAUACUACAACUCGGACUCGGUGAAAGUAGCGGGGGGGUCGGGGUCCUUCCUGAGGCACACCUACAAGCCAAUCAGAUGCCAGAUAAAGCCCCACAUUUUCAGCAUAGCGCCGUUGAACUCGACCAAGCUGCUGGAGAACUCGGUGUCAUCGUCGUCAGCUCCGGAAAAGUCCGGGAGGAAGAGGAGGGAAGCUAAGAAACCAGAACCAAAGGCUGCUGGUGUCUCCUCUAAUCAGAGCGACUUCGACAUUGUGGCCUGGACCUGGGAGGACGGACCCUACAUGUUCAUCAUCAAGGUCCAGAAGACCGGGCCGUGGACACCGCAGCUUCAGGUCAGCAUGAAGGGACCUCAUGGCUUCAUCUCAGGAACUGAGUGGCCUCUGAUGGUGUUCUACAUGGUGAUGUGCAUCGGGUAUGUGCUGCUGGCUGUGAUGUGGCUGGUUCUGUCUGCCUGCUACUGGAGAAGCCUGCUGCGGAUCCAGUUCUGGAUUGGUGGCGUCAUCUUUCUGGGCAUGCUGGAGAAAGCCGUGUACUAUGCCGAGUUCCAGAGCAUCAGCUAUGAGGGCGUAUCAGUCCAGGGGGCGGUGGUGUUUGCCGAGGUGCUUUCGGCUGUGAAGCGGACGCUGGCCAGAGUUCUGGUGAUCAUCGCCAGUCUGGGAUAUGGAAUCGUCAAGCCAAGGCUGGGUGCCCUGCUGCACAGAGUGGUCGGCGUCGGCUUGCUCUACCUGCUCUUCUCCAUCAUCGAGGGAAUCCUGCGGGUCCACACGGAUCGGGGAAAUGACGACCGGAGCCUGAUAGUGUGUGACGUGGUUCUGGCUCUGACCGACUCCUGCGUUGUCUGGUGGAUCUUCGUGAGCCUGGCUCAGACGAUGAAGCUGCUGAAGCUGAGAAGGAACGUUGUGAAGCUCUCUCUCUUCAGACACUUCAGCAACACGCUCAUCUUUGCUGUCAUCGCUUCGGUGAUCUUCAUCAUCUGGACGGCGAAGAACUUCACCAUGUCCAGGUGUCUCUCUGACUGGAGGGAAGUCUGGAUCCAAGACGCUUUCUGGCGCUUCCUGUUUUCCGUCAUCCUAUUGGUCAUCAUGUUCCUAUGGCGACCGUCGGCCAAUAAUCAGAUGUACGCCUUCAGCCCCCUGGUGGACGCGGACAGUGAGGAUGAGGAAGGGAAGGAGCCCAUGAUGAACGAGGCUUUUGAGGGGAUGAAGAUGAGGGGGACGAAGACCGAGAGCAACGGGACAGCCAGACCCAACAAAGUGGAUGAAGAUCUGAAGUGGGUGGAGGAGAACAUCCCGUCAUCGAUGGCCGACAUAGCGCUGCCCCCUCUGCUGGACUCAGACGAGGAAACCCAGACGACGAAGCUGGAGAUGUCUAAGAUGGAGUGAAUUGGACGGAGGUGGAGCAGAUGGAGAGAUGGCUGGUGUUUCUAAAUGGACAUAAAGAAGGAUGGAGGGAGCAGUGAUGGAGGAUGGAGGAGUGAUGGAGGAGUGGACAGUUUUUGGGUUUUCCUCCGAUUGUCUCCUGGCUCCCUGAGCUCCUCUAAACGUUUCACUGGGAGCUGAAUCCAGUCAUUCUGUGUAUUCGUAAUAAUGAUCUGCUUUCUGCAGCGCGGCCGCUGGCUUCCAUUGUUGUUGUGCAGCGGCGCCGCCCUGCUGGACGUCUGUCGGGUUUGCUUUUGCUUUUAUGUUUUUUGCGUUGUGAAUUGGUGUUUGGAUAUUUUUCCUCCUCUAAAAGCCAAAGGGACGAACCAGAGAGAGAAAUCACGAGGAAUUAUUGACUUUUAUUUUGUAAAGUUUGUCUUUGUGUUUCAACCAAUAAAGUUUUUAUUUUCACCUGA